CCACACCUAGCUCAUAUCGACUGAGGCCGGCCGCCGAGUCGGUCACAAAAUUUUUCUACACUUUUACAUUUGGUUUCCCAAAAAAAAAAAAGAAAAAAAAUAUCAACAAUUUUACUAACAUGCCCGUCACCUACAGGACACGCACACUGCCGCAACAGCGGAAUCUGGUCCCCAAUCUUUUGAGGUCCAUACUACAUGUCUUGGAGGAGGCGCACCGGCCCAUGAGUGAAACAGAGCUGAACUCCGUCCUGGGAAUCCAGUACCGACGCAACGAUCCGGAGUUCUAUCGCCAAGUGCAAAUCAAUCUGCGCGAUGGCGUCGAAUACGGCAUUCUAAAGCGCCAGCGAAACCACUUUUCGCUGCGAUCCAGACGACUGGGUGAACUGAUGUCUACUCUUGGAUCCUCGCCAAACCAAUGAACUUUGGAAAACCGCCAAAUAGGGCAGAUAAUACCCCGAAAAAGAACGUUCACCAUACGAAUCGCCACACCCCUUUGAUUACACCCGACGAAAGUACACUUAA